AUGAGCGGCACACCUCUACACCACUACGCGUCUCCAGACGAACUGAGUCGGACUGAGUCCGAUCGUCUGCCCGCGGCGGCAAGGAUCACGAGACGAGAACUGGACCAGGCUGGACAAGACCAGUACCACAGACUUCUUGAGUUAGUAACACCUCUCAUCGCCAAAAGUGACACUAAGAUGAGGAAAGCUGUCACUGCAGGAGAGCGUUUGACACUGACACUUCGUUACUUAGCCACAGGGGAAUCUCAAGUUUCACUCGCCUACCAGUUUCGCAUCAGCCACAACCUCAUCUCUUCAAUAAUACCUUCAGUAUGUAGAGCCAUCUACCAAGCUCUGCAGCCACAGUACCUUUACCUACCAAGAAACCAAAGUGAGUGGCAGCAUGUUGCAAGCCAGUACUAUGCAAGGUGGAAUUUUCCUAUGUGCAUUGGGGCUCUAGAUGGCAAGAGGGUACUAAUUUCUAAGCCACCAUGUUCUGGGUCUGAAUAUUAUGACUACAAGGGCCAUUUUAGUCUCAUCAUGAUGGCACUUGUAGAUGCAGACUACAAAUUCAUGUAUGUUGACGUAGGUGCUAGUGGUCGAGCUAGUGAUGCUGGAGUGUGGGAGAGAUGUGGCCUCAGAGAUGCUAUUGAGGGAAAAAAUAAAUAUUCCAUCUUCUACCUCUAUUCCAUUCACCAGGAGGCAGUGUCCUUUUGUAAUAGUUGGUGAUGAUGCCUUUCCUCUCAAAAUGUACCUCAUGAAGCCAUAUCCUGGGAAAGACCUAUCCAAUGAAAAGCUAGUUUUCAACUAACGUCUGUCACGUGCAAGGCGUACAUCUGAAAAUGCUUUUGGAAUAAUGGCUGGUAGAUUUCAGAUUUACAAAAAACCUAUCAACACAUCUCCUGAGAAUGUUAAAGAUAUAGUUCUUGCCACUGUAGUACUCCACAAUUAUCUACGGGUAAAUUCUGGAAAAAAGCAUGCAGCAUCACACAACACACAUGGAGAGCAUAGGCAUGAAGAAGUGGAAGACGUCCUCCAGGAAGCAUUUCAGAGACUACCACCCAUUGGCCGAGGUCACAGUAAUGAUGCUAAGGUGGUGCGGGAAACAUUUGAAGAAUACUUCAAUAAUGAAGGAAGUGUCCCUUGGCAAGCAGAGAGAAUGCUCAUGCACUAAUUCUGCUAUGAAUAAAUGUUUCAAUUGUAUAUAUUCUUAUAUAUGUAAUAUUGGUCAGGAUUAAGUUUUUUUGCUGCAUGUUCUAUAGUCUGGAUAAAGUGUUUUUGUACUAAGUUGUAUAGGUUGGAUUAAUAUUAUAUUGUAGUAAGUUUUAUAAUGUGGAUUAUGUUUAUUUGUGAUAUGGGGAUUAAUUUAAAAUGGAUGAAGUUUACUUGCUAUGGUUAUAACUAUAACAGUUGGGAUGAAUGUUAUUUCCAUUAAUAAGAUGAAUUACAGUUUGCU